AUGUUUUCAGGAUUUGAUCAAAAUGCAUUAGUUAAUCAAUUUCUUCAAAACUUACCAAAUAUCAGAUCUGGAGAUGACAAGACACUUCAAGAUACAUUUAACUUUUUCAAUUCUGUUUUUAAUCAAAAUCCAAUUCAAGCAUUAGACACAAUCGCAACAAUCACAUCACAAAUAACAUCAGAACUCAGCGAAGAUCAGAUAAAUGACUUCGCACAAGCAUUUAUUUUACUUAAAAACUUUUUUUCAGGACAUUUUAUUUCUCAAAAUGAUUUACCUCAAUUGUUUAAUUAUAUUUAUACAAAAGAUGACAACCAACAAGAGAUUGCAGCACUUCAACGCGUGAAAACAUCAACACUUAAUGGAUUAUUUUCAGAUUUACCAAUUAUUCCUGAAUUAUGUUCUUCAUGUCUAUCAGGAUUGUUUUAUUACAUGAGAGGCAAUGCUGCAGACAUAAUUACUUCAUUAUCAAACGCAUUAUCAAAUGAUAAUUUUUCAAAUUCACAAAAAAGAGCCGCAUUUCGUGCAACAAUCGAAUUACUAGAAGACUACAAGGACCAGGCAUCCUUCUUUAAGCAAGAAAUCCGUCCAAUUUACCUAUUUUGCAUAAAAUUCCCUUAUUCCAAUUAUGACUUCACAAAUUCAGAGUGUCAGGACUUUCUGGAACUGACGACCAAAUGUCUGACCCAAAUAAUUACGAAAUCAAAUGAUGAUCACUACAAAACGAAACCUACGACGUAUAUCAUCCUGAGAGUGGUGUCAAAGACAAUACAGAUGGCUUGCCAACAGAAUACAUUCGAAGCUGUCAUUCAAAUGAUCUUCAAAUUAAUUUAUUUUUAUUAUAAUAUGAAAUUCAGGGAAGAACUGCAGAUUUUGAUGUUCUUCGUUAUAACAAUACUGAAUAUUAAUAGAUCUCCUCCUUUCUUUUUGUUCCAAAACGAAAUUUUGAUUUCUGAAGAAUUAAUUAAGUAUUUUCAAGAAAAUACAGAGAAUAUAGAUGAGUUUACAGAAGAAUUCGAUAAAAUGUUUUGCUGCCCAAGCUUUGAUGAUGAAAAAAAUGAAGAAAUUUUGAAAAUUCUUAUUCAACAGUACAUUGACUUCACAGGGUUCGAAUAUUCAUGUAUUGAUCAAAGUAAAUGCCAGCAGACCUUCGAAACGAAGCAGCAUAGCUUUGGAAAAGAAGGAAUUAAAUGUAAAUUCCCGUACACGUUCAAGGAGCCAAUUAUGAUCAACGAGAACUUCACAGAACUCAUGGUUACUCCUCUUAUCAACAUUUUCGUUGACAGUUUUUCAAAAAUUGAAAAUCCCGAUUAUAUUGACUCAUCAGAAAUGAAUUAUUACCUUGCUUACCAGGUCAAAGACCUUCUUAGCCGCCUAACUUACUAUGACAUGGAACACGUUGGCCCUGCAAUUUACGAAAUUUUACAAAAUUCUCCUCCAAUUGUUGGAUCAUGGGGCCAACAGCUUAUUUUCAUUAAUUGUCUGUCCAUUCUGGUCUCAUUCGCUCAGACACAGAACAUAAAUUCGCCUGUUUUCAAGAUUAUUCAAGAAAAUAGGGAAAAUGUCUUCAGUAUUCUAUUAUCUACCGAACUUCCCAUUAUAUUUUCUGAUAUCUUUGGUCUUUUGUUCUGUAUUUCAAGGAAUCAACAGAUUUCGAAAGAAUAUCUUUUAACAACUUUUCCUCAGAGCGACCAAACAGAGAAAGACUUCUUUGAGAUGUUUUUCACAGUGAUUAUACCCAAAGUAAUGAGUUAUGGAAUCGACGAACUCACAGGAUACUCAUUUUUAGUUGUCAUAAGUUUUAUUCAGAACAAUUUUUCCAGAUCUCUUGAAAACUACCCAGUAGAUCUCUUCAACAACAUAUAUACUACAAUUCGCGAUACAAUUUUCCAGCAAAACUUCAAUUCUUUUACAAUAAAACAUUUAUUGUAUCUUCUUUCAGUGAAUUUCAGCAAAGUAAGCAUCAGAGAGUCAAUAGAACAGGCCAAAGAGAUCAUGACAUUCGGAAUCGAGCUCCUAGAUCAAAUAGAUUCCUUUAAUAUGACCGACCAAGACAGAUUUCUCAUCCAAGACGAGUUCUGCGACUUCUUUUUAUACAUUAUUAAAAGCUACAAGGGCAAUAUUAUGGAUGAAAUCGUUGCUUUGGCCCAAAAAUUCAUUGUUUUGCUGCAUAAUCCAAAUUGGCUCGACAAUGCAACACCAGAAAAGAUGAAACUAGUCGUAGAAUGCAUAGAAUACUACACAAUCGACCAGAAUUACCUCUCUUCUGACUUCAUUCCUUUAAUGUUCCAGAUGAUAAACUCAGAUUCACCGGAUUGUUUCAAAAACGGUUGUUUAAUGUUGGGUCUGGCCUUCUCAAAGAUGGGGGAGGGAGAUAUCGACCUAAUUAAUGAAAUUUUGUCAAAAAUUUUGGAAGUUUUGGAAACAAGAAGUUUUUCAUCGGAUUUCAUACCAAGUGUGUGCGAGUGCAUUGCUUAUAUACUUAAGAUGUAUGAGUUAGAGAUCACUGUUACUAGAAAUGACCAAAGAAACAGAAAUUCUGAAUAUCGAGAUUCAGGAACUCAGAAAAACGAAGGAGAUGAUGGAAAGGAAAGACCAGAGAUGGUAACGAUGCAAGAAUUGGUUGAUUAUCCUGACAUUGUCGAUAAAAUUAUUGAAAUCUUUAGAUUAUUUACUCGAAUUCCAUUUUUGAAAGAUGAUCCUCAGCAAAUCGAGAUGUCCAAUGCAAUGUUUGUGACAAUAUUCCACUCAUUCAAGGCUCUAAUUACAAUUUUGUCGACAAAUCAAGAUAUAAUUCAGAGACACAAGAAAUUUUUACUUGAAACACCAACAAAAGCAAUGAUUGAGUUCAGGGAUAUAUCUGAUGACACUGCCAAAGCAUUCCUUGACUUCUAUGACGCUGCUGUCUCUUAUUUACCAAGGAAAAACAACAUUUUCUUGAACAGAUCUUCUUUCCACACUGCUCUCCUUUAUAUUAUGAGCAAAUUCAAUGGAAGUAAUAAGCAAAUUUCUGAUUUGGCCCUUGUUAUUUAUAAAAAAGCUCAAAAUAUGUAA